UGUCACUGCUGUCACCUCAGUGCGAGUGCAUGGGGACGGCGAGGAGCACGGCGCUGCUGCUGUGGGCUCAGCUUCUCAGCCUCGUUGGCUCCCAACCCCCCCUGCUGACGAUGGACCCCCCCUGGACACCGCAGUUCGUGGGGCAGAGUGUGAAGCUGACCUGCGGGGAGCCCAGCGUGAGCAGCUCCAGCACCUGGUACGUGGAUGGGCAGCGGUGGACGGAAACGCCAUCAAACCACCUCCACGUGGAGCUGAGUGGCAAACGGAAAUACAGCUUCCAGUGCCGGACUCGAGGCUCUGAGCUCAGCUCUGCUGUUGACCUGACAGCCUCUAAUGACUGGCUGGUGCUGCAGGUGCCAACACAGGCAGUGAUGGAGGGGGACUCGCUGUCCCUGCGCUGCAGCGCCUGGAAAGACAAAAAGCUCAGCCAGGUGAAGUUCUUCCAUGACAGGAAGCUGCUGCAGGAAAGACGUGAGAACGAACUGCUGCUGUCCCCAGCAGAGCAGCAGCACAGCGGCAGCUAUCACUGCUCAGCCUACGUGUAUUCCUUCAUCAGAAGACAGGAAUCUGCCCAAACUGACCUCGUGGUGCAAGAGCUCUUCUCAGUGCCGAAGCUGAGCCUGCAGGGUCCCCAGGAGCCCCCCGAGGGCAGCGCCCUGACUCUGCUCUGCUCCACCCACGGCAACGCGCUGCGGCCCCACGUCUCCCUGCAGCACCUCUUCUACCAGGAUGGGCGGCUGGUGGGGGGGCCGCAAUCGGCCCCCCAGCACCAGAUGCCGGUGCUGCUGCUGUCCCACUCGGGGUCCUACAGCUGCCAGGUGCAGACAGAGACGGGCAGCGUGCGGAAACACAGCGCCCCCCAUCACCAUCACUGUGAGAAGGAUUCCCGUCGCCGGGGUUUCCCUGCGCUCCGAUCCCCCGAUGCUCAGGUUCUGUUGGGUGACCGCGUGCUGCUGAGCUGUGCGGUGUCCGUGGGCUCCGGGCCGCUCUCCUUCUCCUGGCACCGGCAGAACCGCACGGGAGCGCUGGGCUCGGGGCCGCUCUACGAGCUGCGGGCGGCGCAGCUGGAGGACGACGACCGCUAUCACUGCACGGCCAGCAACGGCAUCAGCACGGCCAGCAGCCCGCCGCUGCGCCUCGCCGUCACACUGCCGGUGUCCAACGCCAGCAUCGCGGUGCUGGGGACGGAGGUGGGAGCAGAGCUGGAGCGGAUGGCGGGCGAGGAGCUGAACCUGAGCUGCAGGGUGGGGGCGGGGACGGGGCCGGUGGGCUUCGUGUGGCUGCGGGACGGGCAGGAGCUGAGCAGGGGCCCCACGUGGCACCUUGGGGUGCUGGGGCCGCAACACGCGGGCAUCUAUCAGUGCGUGGCCGCCAACAGCCUGGGGACCCGGCGCGUCUUCAGGGCCCGCAGCCCCGAGGUUCUCCUGGUGGUGACGCCGCAGGGAUGGGGACGGGCGGCGGGCGCAAGUCCUGGCUGCAGGGCUCCCCGCGUCCCUCCUGGUGCUGCUGGCCGUCGCUGCUCGCGCUCGGACGGCACUUCUGGCGGCGGCGGCGCGGCGCAGCCUCCAAGAGGCAGCACAGGUGUGCGCAGCACCCGGCCGAGCCCCCCUGCACCCUCCGGCUCCUCCGUUCCUUACCCCCGUUGUCCCUUUGCC